AUGGCAUCAACAUCAGAACAAUCUACCUUCUCCAUUGGUGUCAGACAUGUCGAAACCCAAUCUGAGCAACCAAUAUCGUUAGCUAUCACUAGUAGUGCCCCACUACCCUCGACGCCACCACCACCACAACUAGCAACAUCUCCUGCACCACGUCAUGUUCUAAAGAUGAGCACCAAGUUUGGAGAAUUAUUUGCAUUCAGUGGACCAACACCGGAAAGAAUUAAUGGUAGACUUGCCAUGAUAGGGUUUGUUGCUGCCAUGGGUGUAGAGCUAGCUAGAGGUAUCAGUGUAGAAUUGAAAUCAAGUGGUUUUGAUGUCAUCAAGUGCAGAGAUGUGGAACGGUAG